CUGAAAUUUCCCUACAUCAUCUGAGCAGGAGGAGCUUGUCUCAUUCAGCAUAAAAGCCUGCUCACAGCAGCUGCAGUUACUUUCAAAGCAGUGACUGUGAAGCUUAUAUUUGUCAGCACCUUUCUUGGCCUGUUGGUCACGUUUUACGACCUGGAGAAGAAUGCGGACCCAGUCAGGUUCAUCCACAACAGGCACAUCCAACAGUUCCCCUGAACAAACUUUAAGAGCUGGAGGAAAAUGGUUUAAAAAGUUCUGGCGAAACCCCACAGUUCAACCCAACAACAACGGUCCUUCCAGUACUGAUGGACACCAAUCACCUAGUGAAGAAGAGCAGCCAGUUGUGAAUCCUACUUUUGAGGAAUGCCUUGAAGGACAAUACCUGUUUGAAGCCACUCAAUUGUUAAUAGACAGGGAGAAACAUCUGUUUGGAGGGAUAACCGAGGCUGAUGCACUUAAAGCUCACGAGGAAGCAGUAAAAAGGCUUGCUGCAGACUACGAAGCCCUUGAAAAGCGUAUAGAGCAGACUGUGCAGCAGAGUCUUUCUCUCAGCAGUGAGGAAGAGGUGUCUGCUUUGACAUCUGCAGUGAAAGCCAUCAACCUUGAGGAAGAGCAGGACCAGCUGUGGAAACAAAGAUGCCGGACGCCACCAGCCUGGAGGCCCAAGAAGUGGAAGAAGCACCAUGACAAAGUGCUUCAUGAAUUAGUGUAUAGUCGUUUAGAGAACCCAUCAAGCCCCACUGGUGGCCAGGUGAACCAGUCCUCGAUCCAGGCAGACAUCCAGUCCAUGGGCAGGCAGCUGAAGGAGGACAUGGAGUGGGUGGUGGAGAUUGUGAAGAACUGCUACCCACCAGAGAUGGACAUCUGUAACUUUUAUGCAAGACUGUACCAUCAAACUUUCAGCGCAAGACUCAAAAAGCUUGCAGACUUUGUUCUGGAUGACAAGGACUGCAGUUUCCUCCUGCGAUGGGUGAAGGAGUUUUAUCCAGGAAUCCUUGAAAGACCUGAGCUGGCCAAUAAUAUCAAUACUAAAGCGCUGGGAAACCUGCUUCCUGAUGAGUUACUGAAACCUCUGGAGGAGCAGUACCUCAGCAAACAACAGAGCGACCUGAUGAUUUUUAUUGGCCGAGUAUUGGAUGAAGCAAAGAAAGAGUGGGAUCAAGGAAAGGAGCCGACAAGAGAUGAUGGUUGCUACGUCAGUCCUGUGGCCUAUGAUGUCAUCCAGUUUAUCAACGGCAUCGUGACAUCAGCACACAAAGUUGUAGGAGACCGUCACAAGGCCCAGCAAAUAACAUCCAACCUGACAGACUUCAUGCAGAGGUAUCAAAAUUUUCAUGAAGACGUCAUAAGGCAGAACAAACGGCACAGCAAAGCUUUCAUAAAGGCAAACCUCAGCUGUGUCAAACAGUUCAGGGACUUCGUUAUCAUGGAGAGCCAUCUAUUCCCAAAGAAUGUGCGGGAAAACUGUUUGCGAGGUCUGACUGAGAUGAAACAGUCCGCCCACACUUAUUUAUUAACCCCUGUGCACAAGAUCCUCAAGCCACACUACCAGAAGGUGGGAACCAGUGACUGGCUGAAGAAGAACACGUUUGAGAAGCUGCUGAACAGCACUGAAGAAGAGCUUCAAGAACUUCAGGGUUUGACUCAAUCCUGUCAUCAGGAGCUGAUUGGUCAGCUUCAGCAGGAAAUGACAGUAGAAUAUGUCCGGAGGCUCCUGAAAGGAGAGGUCAAACUGAAGGACAAGGAUCGUCAGCUGAAGGCUUACAUGACUGUGAAAGAAAAUGCAGAGAGAUUGCACGAGCUGUUUGCCAGAAUGGGAUCCAAACAAGACUGGUUAAAGGAAAUCCUGACCAAGAUUGCAGAAGUGCUAAAACUCCAAGAUAUUCCUGCCAUACAGAUGCAAAUUGUUUCACUGGGAUCUGCUUAUCCCGACCUCAGUGAAAAACAUGUUUCGGCUCUGCUCAAACUCAAGACAAACCUCUCCAAAGCCGACAGGAAAAUCGUCAAAACCACUCUGUCGGACACACUGAAAGAGAGCCGUGCUGAUCCUGACACCCAGAAGUUUUUUUCCAAAGUUGAAGUCAGAUGAUCCGCACAUUUGCCUCUUAGAGUAUCACUGGCUGAGAGUUUGAUUGCACAGCAGCAAUAUUAUUGUGUAUUAUAUUGUGUUACAGUCUAUCUCUGUAAAGACAUACAGAGUGAAUGCCAUGGAAAAACCUUGGUUCAGAUGCUACUUAGACUGAAAUCCCUAUUAUACGCAGACUCUGUGAUAGUGAAUGCUUGCUGUAGUUACUGUAUGUUACUCUAUACAUAAGCUAGAUGUCACAUUCAUGCUGGUAAUUUUUGUGCAUUUCAUAUAAAUUGUAAAUAAGUAUGCAAGUGUUUGUUUUUACACACUUACAAACAGGUCAGUGUUGUUCUAUUAUAUGUCGUUUUGUUUAAAAACUGCAAUGGUGUUAAAGUCUAAUAUUUUCAUGCCAUAAAUAGUAUUACAGAGAAUUAUACAUGUCUCAUGUACAUAAAUAGAUGUAAGUUAAGUUUUUUUAAUAAAUGU